CAUUUUCCGCAUCAACUCACCGCAACCAUGCAGUAAACUACUUGCUGGAAGCUGCUCUUUGCAUUGCAUAAUGUCUUCGGAAGAGGAUAGGAGGCCUAGAAGGAGGCGACGACGCAAUGGUGAUGUCUCAUCCGAUGAAUCCUCGCUUUCGUCGAGAAGAAAGAAGCCCAAAAGAAGUCACAGUCACAGCACCUCUCGGCGAUAUGAUGAGGAUUCGGGAGGAAGUAGAAAACAGAGGACGCGCAAAAGGAGGAAGGAUCGAAAGAAACGGCAUCGAAAGCAUUCGGUCAGAAACAGCAGUGACAGCAGUUCCUCAGAUGACGAUAGCAACUACAAAAGAAGGCGAAGAAGAAAGCAUAGAAAGGAACGGAAAUCCAAAGAGAGGAAAUCGAGCAGGAAAGCGCUUCAGAAAGAGGAAGAGACGGAUCAGCAGGAGACCGAAGGAAGCGACAGCAAACACGAAAUCGCAGAAACCCCUAACCCACAAAGCAUUGAUCGCUCAAAAGAAGAAACGUCCGUAGUUCGGGAUCAACAACAACAACAUGACGGGGCAGAACGACAAAAGAAGCAACAAAAAGCCCGUUCCAUGGUCCCCAUGUCAAAAGCCCAGUAUGACGCCGAGAAUUCCAAGAUAAGAGAGGUAUACGACGAAGAAUCCGGCCGUUAUCGGCUCGUCAGGGGGAGUGGAGAAAUCAUUGAGCGAAUUGUUUCUCGAGCCGAUCACGAACGAAUCAAUCAAACAGCAACUCGAGGUGACGGGGCAAGCUUUUCUCGCAGCAUAUUCCAUGCUACCAGUGGUCGAAAAAGAUGACCCCUUAUAGACAAUAGGGGCGAAAGCCAUGGAGUUUCUAUUGCAAGUGUGAUUGGAUUGAAACUACGAAAUGGAUAACGCAUUUGGCAAGUGGCUGUGUUGUGUCGUAGCUGAGCAGGACCAUUGUACCCUACCAAGAUGCCACUGUACUAGCAGUGCAAUUUGUCGUCCUUGCUGCUGUGUAUUACAAACUACAUUCUUGGCUGCGCAUCCCUAAGGGCACCCGUUUUCUCUACUAGCUCGUUUGAUUGCUUCCAAAUAUAUAUUUCUUCACAGCUCUGGAGAAAAACCAGCAUUGCAAAAUUCUUGGGUACAUUUGAGGAUUUCCAAAUCUCCACAAGAUGCAUCAAAAGAAAGAUUGCCAUGCUGAAGGAGCCCCAGCUGAAACUCUAGACCAACUCAAAUUGGUACCGGUACGAUCGAGUGUUGUUUGGAAAGUUGUUUGGUCUUGGUUGGAGGGGAGUGCCUUCGUUACUUUAUUGGUGGUGCCUCAACAGCUCUGCAGUGGAGCCGGGGGAGAUUCCUUAAUGCGACAUUUAUGCAUGGAUCAGAUCAGACUCAUUUAUUGGAUCGAUUCCAUCAAAAAUGUCAAUCUUCAACAUUCUAAUUCUCCAAGCUUUACUAUAGGCGUAAAAAGUAUAAACAAUCCACCUUGCUGUCAAAAAU